AUGGCAGCAAACGGUAAAGUAUGUAAUGGACAGGGUGAGUGUAUCUGUGGGCGUUGUCGAUGCUUCAGCGACGGUCCGGGGAAUCGUUAUUCUGGUCCAAAAUGUGAAAUUUGUCCGACCUGCCCAUCGAAGUGUGUUGAGCACAAACCCUGUGUAAUGUGUCAGCAGUGGCAGACUGGCCCGUAUAAUGAAACACAGUGCGCCGAUUGUCCAUUUACUGUCAUUCCCGUUAAGGAAUUGCCAGUAUUUUUCACAUUCGCUUCUUCAAUUUUUUUAUUUUUAGUUUUGAAUGAGACAACCGAAUGUCAGUUUGUGGAUCCGUCGGAUGAUUGCACGUUCUAUUUUCUCUACUACGAAGACCAAAGGACUGAUAAUCUUACAGUUUGGGUGAAAGAAGAAAAAGACUGCCCGCCACCAGUGCCUGUUCUCGCAAUUGUUCUGGGAGUAAUAGCUGGCAUUGUCAUACUCGGCUUGAUAUUGCUUUUGGUAUGGAAACUACUUACUGUUUUGCACGACCGAGCCGAGUUCGCCAAGUUUGACAAUGAAAGGCUAAUGGCAAAAUGGGAUACUGUAAGUUUUAUUUCCUCACUGUCAUGCGAGUUUUUAUCACAAGCCGCUUGUUCGCAUGCUUUUUUUUGCUACGCAUUUGCACUGUAG